UUUCUCUCGCAAUCGUACUUUGCUUGGCUCUUGCUAUGACAAGUGCCUUCAGAAUCAGACAAGGUAAUGGAAUGGGACAACUCAUGGCUGACGUGCAACAAGGUAUCCAAGAUGGUAACCAAGCUCUUACUGACACUGAAGGACUCCUCAACGACGCCACCGAAGCCACUGAAGGCAUGGCUAACCAAUUCAUCGGACAAGGUCUCAACGCUGCUGGACAAUUCACUGGAGCUGCUGUUGGAGGAACUAGACUUCAGCAAGGAGUUGGAGACGCUGUCAAUGUUGCCACUACUGACGGUACUACUUUGACUAAUGACGCUGUUGAGCUUACCAACGACGCCACUUCUGUAUUCAACGAUCUCAACAAUCAGUUCAUGAAUACUGCCACUAACUUCAUGGGAGGUAUGAUGGGAGGAGCCACCGGAGGAGCCACCGGAGGAGCCACCGGAGGAGCCACCGGAGGAGCCAGACUUCAGCAAGGAAACCUCGCUCAAGACAUCGGAACUCUCAACCAAGCCACUCUCGGAGCUGUCCAAGACGGAGAAACCGCUUUCAAUGAUGCUCUUGAACAAACUGAACUAUUGACCAACAACGUUCUCCAAGGAUUAGAGAAUGCUAUGGGUGCCCAAGGAGCCACUGUUAAUGCACCAACCAGACUCCAACAAGCCACUCAAACUGAUGUAGCUGAUGACACCAACGCCGUCACUAACGACUUCGCUGGCUUGACCAACGACGGAAUUGCUUUGACAAACGACUUGUUACAACAGACCAAUGCUGCUUUCGCUCAAUUGAUGGGAGGAAUGACCGGAGCUGCUCCUGGAGGAAACUAAUUUCAGAUUAUAACUCUGCAGGCACGUAGAU